AUGGCAAACACGGAUAUUGAUGUGAUCAUACAGUCACUGACGCUGGAGGAGAAGAUCGCCCUCUUAGCAGGUCGAAACUUCUCAGAAACAGUCGGUUAUCCUGAAAAGGGAGUUCCUUCAAUUAAAACCGCCGACGGACCAAAUGGAAUCCGUUCAGCAGCAACAGAUCUUGACAUCAAGUCGGCCUGUUUUCCAGCAGCAUGCAACCUCGCAGCUACAUUCGACCUAGACCUUGCCGAGAGAUUCGGCAAGGCUCUAGGUGCUGAAGCGAGAGGCAAACGAGUAAACUGCAUGCUCGGUCCAACAGUCUGUAUGCAUCGCCAUCCCCUCGGUGGUCGUAAUUUUGAAAGCUACAGUGAGGAUCCGUUUCUUACCGGUAAAAUGUCCUCAAAGGUGAUCCAAGGUCUUCAAAGUCUUGGUAUCUCUGCUACUAUAAAGCAUUUCGUUGCGAAUGAGCAAGAAACAGCUCGUACGACUGUUGAUGAGACCAUCGAUGAACGUGCAUUGCGUGAGAUUUAUCUCAGGCCGUUUGAGAUUGCUGUUAAAGAAGCGAAUCCUUGGGCGAUUAUGACAGCUUAUAACCACGUUAAUGGAGUUCAUUGCGAUGAGCAUAAGUGGCUUCUGCAGGAGGUCUUGCGUGGUGAAUGGGGCUGGAAAGGCCUUGUCAUGAGUGAUUGGGGCGGUACAAAUUCCGUCGCUGCAGCACUCAAUGCUGGUUUGGACCUGGAGAUGCCUGGUCCUCCGCGCCUACGAAAGGAAGACGCUGUCAAGGAGGCGCUUCAGCGAGGAGAACUCAGCGAGAGCACCGUCAAUGAGCGGGCCAAGUCCGUUGUUGAGUGGGCGUUGAAGCUCAAGGCUCGUGAAGCAGAUCCUCAUUCAGUUGCUCUUGGCCAAGAUACAAAUACGGCGGAGCUGCGCAGCAUGAUUCGCGAGGCCGGAGCUCGAGGCAUUGUCUUGCUGAAGAAUCAGGGAGACCUCCUUCCGCUGACCAAAAAAAAGGUUGAGAAGAAGAAGAUCGCUCUUAUCGGAUUUUCCAAAGACGCUAUGGCUCACGGAGGAGGUAGCGCGGCUGUCAAUGCGUACCGCAAGAUCACUCCCUGGCAAGGUCUUCACGAAGCACUGGGUGAUGAUGUCGAGUUCACAUACGCUCGAGGCGCUCAUCGCGAGCGUCUACUUCCUGCCAUUCAUCCCGAUGGUCUGUGCGGUAAAGUCGUUGGCCUUGAUGGAAAGCCCGGCUUUAGUCGUCAGCUGUUCAAGGAGGGUGAAGCUGAGCCAGUGUCUACUAUUGGACAACCAACUUCUGCAUACUCGCCUCUAGGAUCACAAGAGUCACUGUGGCGGAGACUCGAGAUCGUCGGUGACUUUACGCCGGCUGAGACAGGAAAUCAUUACAUCGCUUGCUCUGGCUUAGGACCUACAAGGGUUUACGUGGAUGGCGAGAUUAUCUACGAGCAGACUGCCAACUGCACUGACCCCAUGGGCUCGCUCUUCCUUGCUGCUCCAGAGCCUGAGUUCCGCCACAAAUUCGAAGGCGGCAAGACUUAUCGAUUGCGUAUCUGCAGUGAUCCACCUACCAAGAUCGGACUGACCAUUCUUGAGGGUCGCAGUGGCGUCCGUGUCGGCUUCUCACUUGAAUCCGACCACGAUGCUGAUCUUGUCGGAGAAGCCGCUGAAGUUGCUAAGGCUGCUGAUUACGCGAUCGUAUUUACCGGACAUGAUCCGCAAUGGGAAACCGAAGGUCGAGACCAAGACGGUUUCAAUCUUCCUCGAAAGGGCACGCAAGAUGCUCUUGUGUCUGUAGUGGCAUCGGUAAACCCCAACACUGUGGUUGUGAACUCAACUGGUGUUGCUAUCGCUAUGCCUUGGCUAGAGCAAGUCCCCGCUGUAGUGCAAGCUUGGUUCCCAGGCCAAGAAUGCGGUUACUCAAUUGCAGAUGUUCUCACCGGAGCUGUUAACCCUGAGGGUCGACUACCAGUGAGCUUUCCCAAAAGCAUUGAGGAUUGCCCGGCACAUGGCAAUUUCCCUGGUGAAUAUGUAGAUGGACAGCUCAAAGUGACUUAUGCAGAGGGUGUUUUCAUCGGAUAUCGUCACUUUGAUCGACUUCCUAGGGAGAAGGUCAACUUCCCUUUCGGUCAUGGCCUCUCUUACACGACUUUUACAUAUGAGCUAGGCAACGUGUCUCACGAGGGUGAAGACUGGUCUGUUUCCGCCCAGGUAUCUAAUACUGGAAAGCAAGCUGGCGGCGCAUUGUUACAGAUUUAUGCGGGUCCAGCUGAUCAAUCUCCUGAUCAUCCGAUCAAGGCUCUUGUGGCUUUCCAGAAGGUCCGAUUGGAGCCUGGUGAGACAAAGUCUGUCAAGCUUAUGGUGAAGCAGAGAGACCUUGCGCAUUUCGAUACUAGCCUGAAGAAGUGGGUGAUCGAUGAGGGCGAGUAUCGCUUCUCAUUGGGAACCUCCUCGGCGGAUAUUGUUGGGGAUACUUUGGUGAAGACUAGCUCCGGGGCCGAACAUAACCAGCACACCGGUAGACUAAAAAGCCGGAAUCUAGCACCAAAUGUUGGUUGGGCGCUAACCUAUACCCGACAGAUUGGAAAAUUCGCGACUCAAGAUGUCGAUAUCUCCACUACUGUUGAAGACACUGUUACGAAGUACUCACUCUCCGACACAUCAAGCGGAAGCUCCAAAGAGAAAGCAUUUUGCCGUACAUGUGGAUGCACGCUCUGGACUAUUCCGGCAGCAGCAAAGGGUAAAUUCUACAUGAUCCGACUCCCAUUGCUGGACGGAGGUAGGAAGCUGGCUCUGAGGGAUAGGUGCAACUUUAGCGCUAGUUCGACUGCCUUCAUACAGCAUCGCCCGCCAAUAGCAGCGCCUUUCACUGCAGCCCAGAAUGGACGUCCUAUUGCUCCUCCAGCACCAGCUUUGCCAGUGCAAAGACAGGGUAGUUCUCCCUCUAUGGCAAGCCCACAUAUUCCAAUUCUACCAGCGGUAAACACAUACGAGCCUCAGCCGCGACGGUCUAUGCCUCUGCCGCUGCCGCCACCACCGCCACAACAUCACUCCCCAGUGACAUCUACCCCCGGCAGCGGCACUAGGCCGGACUCACACAGCGGCCAACGCAAUGUCGGAGCUUCAGUCUGUUCAAACAGUCCUUCUGCUGUUGACUCCAUGACGGCGGUCAUCGAUGAGGGAACAAGCACUGAAGAGUUCUUUGGGAAGAGUAGCGCGGGCUCUUUCACAGCUCAGAUCAAGAAAGCCAUCGAUGUGAGGCUGGGGAAGCCUGCAAGCUCAAGUGAAAAUGCGUCAAACACAUCUCGGUCAGCUGGUGUUAUGGGCCCUGCGUCAGUUACAUCACCAGACUUCUCAUACGUCCUACCUCCUCGCAGGCAAGCAGACCACCUGACAGAGCUUUACUGGUUCUAUGUCGACCCGCUGUAUCCGUUUUUGGAUAGAAACCGAUGGACUCGUGCUUACAAUGCUGUAUUUUCUGGGACGACGAUGGAUUUGAACGAGCGCGUCUUUGUCGCUACACUGAACGUCAUCUUGGCCCUUUCCACCCAACUUGUCGAAUCUCAUUCCUUAGAACAGCGAGAGCAGUCGAGUGAGACAUACUUCCAGAGGGCGCAGGAGCUGUUGCCUAUGAGUCCCUGGGAACCUGGAUCCCUCGAGUUGGUGCAGUGUCUACUGGUAACGAGCCAAUACCUCCAGAGUACAUAUAAUCCGCAUCAGACAUGGAUGGUUAUUGGCUCUGCCAUCAGAAUGGCCCAGGGGUUAGGACUUCACCUGCCCGAGACCUCAGCAAAUCGUUCAGAUCCUGCCGAGCGAGAGCUAUUGCGCAGGAUAUGGUAUGGAUGCGUUCUAAUGGAUCGCAUGGUUUCUGUGACCCAUGGUCGCCCUGCUAUGAUCUCUCAGCAUCCUUCAAAAGAUGUACCAUUACCAGCCGAAACUUCAAACGCUCAGAAUGGAAUGCAAAACCUGGAAUAUUAUAGCUUCUUUGUGAGAUCAGUGCGACUUUAUGAGAUCAUCCAUAAGACCAUGAUCGCGUUCUAUGAUGGUUCGCAGGGCAACCGGCCAAAAGAGAAGGAAUCACAUUUUGACCUUGAGGGCUUGGAUGGCGAGGAUGAAGACCUCGACAGAGUGGUGCAAUUGGAUCGCUGUAUCAGCAGAUGGCAGUCAAAGCUGCCAGAUCAUCUAAGAUGGGAUUUGUUGGAAUCGAAUCAGGAUGAGAUAGCACGUCGACAAGCCGUGAUCCUUCGCAUGAGAUUCCUCCAUGCACGCAUCCUUCUCUUGAGACCAGUCCUCUCCAGGUUCUGUCUCACCCAAUCUCCCCAGGAUAAGAAACCCAUGGACGACAACUUGCAAGCUCGGGUUGUUCAGCAAGGCGCGAUGUUUUGCGUCACGACAGCUCAAAACAUGAUCAACACUCUGGUAAAGCACCAGACACUAGAUAGCACCGUCGGCCUCCUUCCGGCAUGGUGGUAUCGAGUAUACUACAUCUACUCCGCUGCUACAGUACUUAUCGCCGCCAAACUUCGACCAGAUGUUUUCUCCGCUGUGGAAAUCGGAAGAUCUUGGGGUCAAGCUAUCUCAGUGCUCAAGGCUCAUGAACAGUUCGGCCAAUCUCCCCGUAGAUGCGUGGCAGCUUUACAUAUCCUCUCAUCAAAGAUCUUGCUAGCGACACCUCGUGGCUCACCCGGACGUGAGACGGGGAACAACAACAGACCCGGCGAAGGGAAUAAUCCAGCUGUACCUCAACAGACGAUAGCCAACAUGGAAGUUCCUGAUCUGGUUCAGCAACUUGCUGAAGAGUUUCAAACCCCAAUACCGGACUUCAAUCCUCAGGAACUUGCCGCUUUCAACCUAGAUGUAAAUGAUAUGUCAUGGUUGAACGAUAUCCAGGGAGUUUGGGAGCUUUUGAACGAAUAG